GGGCGUGGUUAAGUCUAGUACGUGGGUGUUGGGUAAAAAUGGCUCGUUUGGUUUUUCUUGCUGCGUUGGCUGUUCUUCUACCAGUAGCUGUCUUUGGAGCGCAAUGUGCACAAAGCGAAGAGUCUAUGUGCGUCUUUACAUGCAACGGAACAAUGUUCAACCUGACAGACGUUUUCAAAUACCCAGUGACAAUAGCUGAUGACUCGAGGGGCUACAAUUAUGAAUGGAACCCCUGUGAGUAUCAAGCAUGUAAGGAUGAAAUUGAGCCAGGAGAAGACUGUGCUAUUUGUCAGAAAGCUGAUCGCUAUUACAAUUGUGGUCACAUACAACAAGCAGUAUUCCUCAUGCAGCAGUAUACUCCUUUUAUGUGGAAGAUACAGUAUCUCUGGGGAACAGACUGGCGAAUGACAGAGUUUACAUUCCUUGUUGAUAAAAACCGAGACAUUCCAACUGUUACUUUCACCGGUGAAGACCCAUAUCUACAAUACAACUUUUUUGUAACUGGAAAAUGUAUUGGACAGCCGUAUUGCAACUAUGGUAUGCCUGACCCAUUUAAAACAGCUUCUGGAAAAGGACUUAAACCAAGUCCAACACCUGAUCUCUAAAACUAUAAAAAGACAAAAGACUGAGCUGAAAUAUUGUUUUGUAAUUAAUUAAUUGCUAUUGCAGAAUCUGUGAAGGUGUGGCUGCUCAAAUGGGUGUGGUCAAUGCAAACAUGAUGACCUUUGCAGCUCUAUUCCUGCUAGCAAUCUCUAUUUGUCUUUCCAGUGCAGAGCAAUGCCUUCCAAAGACAGGCAACCCUUGCAAAUUUGAUUGCAAUGGAACUGAAUUUGACAUUUCACAUGUCUUUGACUACCCAUAUAACAUAGACAAUAACUUUAUGUGGUGUCCUUGUAAAGGUUGCAUUUGUGAAUAUAGCAAAGGACCAAAAGCAGCUGUCUGUCAGUCAGGAAGCAACGCUGGUCAACUUCAAGAUCCAGUCUUUAUAUUGGAAAGAACAGAUCCAUACCUCUUCACUAUUGAAUAUACAUCAGGACUAUCUUAUAGAAUAUCCAUUUUCACAUUCAUUGUGAGUGAAGACUAUCCAAAGCCAAACAUAGUCUUUGCAGGAGGAAGCAAUCCCAUAUUGCAAUAUAAUUUUCAAGUGACAGGGAAAUGCCUAGGGCAGCCAGACUGCAAAACUAAAGGACCCAAUCCAUUCCACUAGCCACACUAAAAUUUUUUUUGCUAUUUCCAAUUUCCACACUUUUUCUUUUUAUUUUCUGUACUAAAUGCAAGGAUGAUGCUGGUAAAAAUGUGAAAAUUCAUG